UUCUACGAUCGAUCGCGCCGAUGGCCUGGACCCCAGCUUAAUUUUCAACAUGGCGGCGCGAAAAUACAAUUUUUUAAGAACGCCGGCUUGAAUCGAGUUGUUUAUGCCAGAGAGCAAUGCCUGAUUCUGAUGUUGAAACAUCUAUCACUUACCUGUGCUAAAUUAUGGAAGAAUUAAGUGAAUCAUUGGCAGCCUCAUUUCAGAUUUCCAACAAUCCCAAUGAUACAUCAAGUCCUCAUCCAAGAUUGUCAGAGUACAAAAUAAAACCAAGCAAUGUCCCCGACCAGGAGACAAGGAGAAGGCGAAUACUUGAGGAACAAAAAAGCCGUCGAAGUGACCGUGUCAACUACGCUCGAAGAUUGGUCGAAGAAGAAGAUGACAUGGAGGUGGAAGACGCCCAAACGAAGAAGAAAUCCACAAAUUUAAAAAGAGCGAAGAAUCCCUUCAAGAACCAGUUGAUGAUGUCAGAAUGGCUCGUGGACCUUCCCGAGAACUUCGACAAUGAAUGGACUAUGGUUAUAUCGCCUAUCGGAAAAAGAUGCCUAAUUGUAGCUUCCAGGGGUAGAACAACGUGUUACACUAAGAGUGGGUACAGCUUAAACAGAUUUCAAUCUCUGCUUCCUGGUGGUUGUCGAGACUCUGGUAAACCUUCAGACUACACGCUCCUGGAUUGUGUAUACAGCGAACUACAUCGAACAUUCUUUAUCCUCGAUGUGAUGUGUUGGCGUGGUCAUCCAGUUUACGAUAGCGAGACAGAAUUCAGAUUUUAUUGGUCGAAUACAAAGCUUGGUGAACAGCCAGAACUGGCCAAGGAAAGCAAACAGAAUCCGUAUAAAUUCAUGGCAGCAGAGACGUGUUCGUGUGAUCGACAAUCGAUUUUCGACGCACUUGCCUCAGAGCGACAUUACCAGAUUGACGGCAUUCUUUUCUAUCACAAGCAAGCGCAUUAUCACCCAGGAAACACGCCAUUGGUCGGCUGGCUGAAGGUCUACAUGAUUCCGGAAAUAUUAGGAAUGGAAGUUCCGGGAAAAUACCUUCAAAACGUCCCAAAAGUUCACAAACUAACGUUGAUAAAAGAAAAUGAAAAAUUUCGAGAGAAAGGAACGAAGGGCGAUGAAAUGGACGUGGAUAGGAGUGGCAAGAAACGAGGUAAGAGAAAAAAUACCAAAAGCAAAGAGAUGGUCGUUGAUGAAGAUGACCCGAAGGUAGGAAAAAGUGUCGAGGAAAUGGAAUAGAAGCAUUUUGUGGUGUGCCGUAGGGAUUAAUGUAAGGGAUAAAUCGCUUGGUCGGGUUAGCCACCUUGAAGCAUGACGACAAGAGAAAGACUAUUGCUUGCGUUGAUAAACAAUGUAGCUCUUGUUGGAUGGCAUUAACAGAGGGGAACCGAAUCGAUUUGUGGAACAAUUAUAGUCACAAAAUCAAGUCACAAAGUCUUGACGAUAUUUCAAAACAUUUUGGUUAAAAGAUUUUGAUGACCUGGGAGUGACAACCCCUUGAUAUUGACAAAAAAGUGAAGUUGUUAAAUCGACACUAGACAUGACAUUGUUAGCUGUCAACAACCAACAAGUUUUCCUUUCUAAGAAAUGGAAGUUAUUUGUGAUUGACAGCAACUAAAGAGAGACGAGUUUAUUUUCAAACAUGCAGAAGCAAAAACAACUUGAUUCUCUUUGAGUUGAGUCAAGAACACAUUUAUUUCAAAUUCUAUUCUCAGACACAAAUACAAGUAUUGUUGUACGCGAAUGGAAUUUACGUUAUGCAAUGCAUAGUUUUAGAGACCGGUCGGUGCUAACCACAAUUAGGGCCAACCCAUUUUGUCCGUUUAUUUCUACUUGGCAAAAUUUUUUGUAAAUUAAACUUCUAAGACACUUGGAAAUUUUUUUGAAAAAAAUUUAAAUUUGAUUUGUCUAUUUGCAUUAGGAAUCAAAUCUAUGACUUUCCGAUGCCUGUGAGAUGCUUUGAUUGCUAGGGUUCGGAGGUAGUUUACAAGAGCGAGUGUGGUAAAUGUGUAUUUAAUAUGGCAAUACCUGUGGAUAGAUGAGAUUGAAUCCUUACAUGUGCCACUUCCCUUGAUGUGAGGUAAUUUCGAAACUGGUUAAAAUAUCUUAAACCCGAGUGGAAAUCUUAGCAAAUCAAUUCAGACCAGAAACAGUUGAAAAAAUACGUGAACUAUAUGUUCUCCAACAUAGAUUGAACGUACACCUAAACCCUUUUUAAUGUUAAUAUUUUGAUUAUUUUCCUGCAACUAGUCAUUGUAUAUAAAAUAUGUAAAACUCGUCCGCCACUUCAGCACUCCA